AUGGUUGCAGAAGGCGAGCUACGAUUGCCAGGUCCAGUUCAGCCUGGACCAGUAAGGUGUACACUACGGAAGCACAAGCCAAAUCGAAAGCCUCGCACGCCAUUUACCACGCAGCAGCUGCUUUCGCUCGAAAAGAAAUUCCGCGAGAAGCAAUAUUUGACUAUUGCCGAGAGAGCUGAGUUUUCAUCUUCUCUUCACCUUACGGAGACGCAGGUGAAGAUCUGGUUCCAGAACCGACGCGCUAAGGCGAAGCGCCUCCAGGAGGCCGAGAUCGAGAAGCUUAGAUUGUCGGCGCGGCCGCUGCUCCACCCAAGUUUUGGCUCGAGCCUCAUGUUCUCGGGGGUCGGGCCUCCGGGCAGCCCUGCGGUGCCGCCCUUCAUCGCCGCGGCCAUGGCCAGGCACACGCAUGCGGCCGCUGCCGCGGCCAUGUUCAUGGCCCCACCCGGACACAGGCCCUAAUAAGACGGGGCCCCUUUCGUGGCCCGCGACUGCCCUUCUGACUUGCUCUUGAUCCUAGUCCUGGUGCGCGCAGGGUUUUACAGACUAUACCGAUUACUGGCUCUGGCGAUCUGUUGGCAUAAGUAAGCUACGAUAAUACUGUAAUAAUAUGCCAAAAUGAAAGGAGCAGAGGGGGAAGGCUCGUGGCAAUGUUUGGCGCGUUAUUUGUGCAGCGAUCACUCUCCUCAUCCGCUCAACAUUUGAAUUACAUGAUUUUUAUUAGCUGUCGUAAAAGUUUAAAUUUGGCUAGAAAUAUUUCUUUUCCCCUCGUUAUCGCAAGCUGCAGUAUCAAACAGUAUCAAAUUACUUUUGUAAAAAGUGACCAUGAAACGGGAUGUACCUCCGUGUGCUCAAUUAUGACAAAAAAAAAGAAAGAAAUAAUAAUAAUAAUUAUUAUUAUUAUAAUAAAAAAUAACCAGUUAAUUUGCAGUACAGCUUACAAUGCAAACAUUUAUACCUCACUUUUCGUCCUAAUGAUAUACUUCUCUUUAAAGCAAUAAUGCUCUGUAUGUUUAUUUUUUUAUCCCUCGUCAUUGUUUGAUAGAAGUUAGAUCAUACGUAUAUGGAAUGAAAAAAUUCUCAUUUCCAAUAAUAGCAAGGCUCGCUUUAUAUAAUUUCAGAAAUCCUCAGAUUAAUAGCUACGUUCAAUUUACCUAAAUAGUUACAUAAAAAAUUUAAUACAACAAGUGUUUAUAGCAUGAACACGAAGCAUUUACUGCGCCUAUACAUGAACACUUUAGUCUGUAAAUAGUGUAAAUAGUUACGUCAUUGUGCUCGAACUCGAAGUAAUUACGCUCAAAUUGAGAAAGUUUAUUAUUGGUGCAAUCAAAUUGAACAUAUAUUUUAUAAAACAUAAACAAAACGUUUUACCAUCAAUUUGUAAUUUUAACGCUAACCGAGUUAAGAUCAUGCAUUACACCAUUUUAAGACUGUGAACCGAUAGUUUUCAAUUGAUUCAUUAAAUAAUGAAAUACUUCUAUCGUUGACGUCUAAUGCUCUUCCUUGCAGUCGCUACUUAGCACUUACAUUGUUAAAAUUUGUAAAAAAACUUUAUAUUGUAAUUGUAAUAAACCU